UCUGAUUUCCCAGGAGCACGUCAACGCAUUGUUUCCGAGGAUCCAACAGAAAAAGUCCAUUGUUGUUGCGAAGUUUUUAAUCUGGGGAUUUAAAGCACAUCACAUGCUCAGACUGGGCAGCGGGGCGCUCUGCCACAACAAGCAAACCACUGCAAAAAUCCAUGUUGGGGAAGAAAACAUUUAUCCCGCAAGGACCUACGAAAACGUUAAACACACACAUUGGAAUACCAGCGCACUUUUGGGGAGUUUAGGAUCGACGAAGAAGUGAUAAGUAAAAGUCCCGACCGGGAAAGGGAAACUUUUUAUUCUCUGGAGAAACCGGACCGCCGGAGGUUUAGGAUGACGCUGAAAUACAGCCAGCGGUCUCUAAUAGUCCUGUCUUUACUGGGGAUUUUAUCGGCCAUCAUGUCCGUUUUAUCAGUCAUUUUGAUUUUCCAGCUUCAGGCUCAACAGACAGCAGUGAAGGAGUCCCCACCUUCCACCUCCUCGAUCAUUCCUGCCCAAGUCUGGGUCGUCCUGCUCCCCGUCUCCACAGUGCUCUCUGCGCUGUCCCUCACUCUCAACCUGAGCUCCGUGGUGGUGUGUCUCCUCCACAGCUAUUUCUCUGCAGAGGUCUGCAGGGGGGAGCAGGAUGCUGCUGAAAGAGAAGACUGGUUCCUUUUGGAUAGCAGAGCUGUACGACAUGUGGCUAUAGGACUGUUCUGCCUGGGGGUUUCUGUCUAUUUGGCAGCUAUGUCCAUCUUUAUGCUCCUGAUAUUUGAGGUGGAGACGGGCAUUGCAAGCGCUUGCAUACUUGCCUCUGGGAUCUUAAUACUACUCAUCGUUAUCAUCCACUCUCUGGUCAAAGCUUCCCAUAGUGCCAAGCACUACCACAGCGACCACCUCAACACCCUCUACCAGAAUGACCACAGAAGCAGCAGCACACCCGUCUCCCGACCCUGCGAGCUCAAAGUAGGCGUGGACAAACCCCGGAUUCACCGCAGCCAGUCUCACCUCCAGCAUCCGAUCUCCUACCCUCAAUGUGGCAACGCGAGACAGCGAGAACAAUACCAGCAACAGCAGUACUCCCCGGCUGGAGGUUCCCAGGGCAACGUUAGCGAUAAAGACGGCUACAGCAGUGGAGGCAGUUGUCCCCGAAUGCACAGGACCCUGUCUACUGAGUCUGGUUUAUUGCAGGCCCAGGCUAAACCCUGGAAUGGGGUCAACAAUGAGAUGAGGAGCGUCCUUGCACGCAAGUCAGGGAUUUCUGCAAGGGACUCUACUCUUGUGUGACAUAAAGGAAGCUGAGCUUGUGAUUUAAGACACUAGUGACCUUUGCUUAUGUCACAAGAGGACUGCUAACACAAGUGUCAUCUCAAACAACCAUAAAAUUGUCAAUUUGUACUUUUUUACAUUCAGCAUGUUUACCCUGACUCAUUGCAGACGCCAUGAGAUAGAGAUAGAAAAUACCUUCAUCUACUGAUUUCUCCUGUUCAGAUUAUAAAGCAUUUUAAAUUGGA